AUGGGUGAUGACGAUUGGCCAUCACAACGUUUCAGGGAUCAUGUUAUUAACCGAUUGGAACCGGAAUUGGCCAGAAGUCGUCAAAAUGCUCCAAAUCUACCAGUUCCCGGUGAUGCUAGACAGGUGGAAGAAUAUGUUUUUCAAAAAUGUGUUAGUAAAGACGAAUAUAUGCGAACAAUUGCGAAAGUCAUUAAUGCUAUCAAUUGUAACUCUAAAUCUUCUGCUCUUCAAACUUCACAAUUUACACAGCAAACACAGCAAGAUUAUAGGCCACCACCAGAUCCUCAACCUACUCAUCAGCAACAUCAACCAGUUGUAGAGCGUUAUCAGGCUCCGCCGCUUGGUCAACCACCACCGAUGUUGCAGUCUUUGCCUGUAUCUUCUGGUGUGUUAAGCAGUGGUAGUAAUCAACUGAGUUUUCAACAGUGUACUGUAGCCCAUCCAUCUGUUCCACAGCAGUCACAGUUUGGUCUCUUAAAUAAACCAUCAUCGACUAUAUCUCCAACACAGCCUUCACCUACACACCAGAUAUAUUCUAGAAUGAGUAAACAAGAACCGAAUAUUCCAGCCACUAAUAUUGCACAGCGAGGUGCCAUUAUGAAUCGUAUGUGGAAACCAGCGCAUGAACCUCUUGGUGGAUACGUUCCUCCAACCACUUAUGGUAAUGUUCCUCCAACUUCUGGGUCAUAUAUGGAGCGACCAAGUACGUCUUAUCCUUCUUGUGCAGCUUUAGCUGCAUCGCCACAGUCUUCGUCACAGUUACAACAGCAGUCAGGAAUUUUGGAAAAUUUGAUCAGUCCAUCACAUUACGGUCCUCAGCCGCCUCCAACAACUCAUACUUUGGUCAAUAAUAUUGUUAUGAAUAAUAGUAUGAUAAUGGAUCCACAGCAGUCGAUAUCAAAUGUUCCCAAUUCACAGCAAAAUGAACAAUUGCAAUACAUGGAAAAAUUACGAAUGCUGGAACAUUAUACCGAACCACUGAGAUGUCGUGCGCAGAAACAUCGUAUAGAAGGUCAGGAAGCAAUUGCAAAUAAGUUUGAUCAAAUUUGUAAUGUUCUGCAAGGUCGCACUCGAGUUUCACUAGAUUAUCUAAAACAAAUUGAAACAUGGAUUUACAAAAAAAGCGAUCUGGUGUUACAACAAGUGCCGUUGUCUGGAGCAGCAGCAACUUCAGUUUCGCAAUCCCAGCCACAGCCUUUGGUUGAUGCAAUGAAUGCUGUUUUAUUAAACGGCGAAUCGCAAAGUAACUGCAGGGAACAGCUGCAGAGAGGGAACAAUAUGACUUCGACUGCAGAGCAAUGGCAAAAUAUAGGUGGACAGCAAGCAUCACCUCAUGGUCCUUCAGUCGUUUUGCCUAUUGGCUUAACUGCUGUGCAAAGCGGAUCAAUAGCUCAAAUACAUUCACCACAUCAAAUGCAACCACCAAUACAGACUCGGCUAGAUCAUGCAUCCUACCAACAUUCUCGACAUUCACCUUAUCCUCCUGCUUCUACAGUGCGUUCUAAUUCUCAGCUCCAUCAACAGAUAUCCGCUCAUCACAUAUCACCAAAAAUAGCACCACCACCAGUCAUAUGUGAUGUUCCUCCUCCAAUUAUUGAAAACGUCCAUAGUAGUGGCGGAAUGGAUGGUGGCAAUGUUGAGGAUCUUUAUGUAAUGGACGAUUUUUUGCCUAUUACUUUCGAAACUUUGCCUAGCGGCACCAUGAUGCAGGUAGAAAAUCAAUUACCUGAAGCUGCUCGCCGUGAAUUGCAUUCGCUUAGUGAUCGUUUCAUAGUUGAUCCUAAUAUUCAGCCUUUAUCUGAUUCUCACUCAAUUAUCGUCAAAUGUAGCUUGCGUUCAUAUUCUGUACCUCCAUUACUUUUGGUAAUUCCCAGUACAUAUCCCGUUGGAAAUGUAUCAGUCGACAGGCCUGCUUUGGAUAUAGGCCUGUUUUUCUUUUUUUAUUCUUCUGAGUCGACUGUGCGUAGUUAUUAUAUAAACCAGCAACAACUUCAAAAUACAUCGUCAUCUGCUGUUCUUGAUGAUUAUUCGUCAUUUUGCAACUUUGAUGAUAUAAUUACGUGA